AUGAAAAUAUACCUCAUCCGCCAUGCGGAAACGGUACACAACGUCGAACGAGCUUGGGCGGGCACAACUGAUUCAAACCUCACGAAUCAUGGCACACUGCAGAUCGAAUGUUUGGGACAAAGGUUUGCUUCGAGUAUGAUCCACUUUGGGUCUGUAUUUGCCUCGGACCUUACUCGAGCCCGGCUUACAGCGGAGGGAAUAUGUCGCCACCAACCAUCUGGGGAAGAUAGUGCCCUUUUAACGCCCACCUUGACAGCAGAUCUUAGAGAACGAGAUUUUGGUUCCCUGGAGGGCACACGCUGGCGCAAAAACUUCCCAUCAACCGAAAAUAAUACCAAUUCUUCAUCUGAUGUUGUCCCCUCGGGACAUGUUGAGAUCGAGUCCUCAGGGUCAAUGAAGCGACGGGCCACUUCAUUUUUGAACAGCCAUCUUUUACCUUUGCUCUUUGAGAACUCACACACAAGAGACACCAUAGCUAUUGUCUCUCAUGGAGUUCUUCUUCGCGUACUGUGGGCUUGUCUUGUGGAACUGUUCGAUUCGAUGAAUAUCUCCAUCGAGCCCGGCAUCUACGCACGACAUGAGGGUCCGGCAUCACAAUUGGUACCAUCUUGGUCAAAUACUGGAUAUAUGAGUCUGUCUAUACACUCGCAUCCAUUACCUCCCCCAUUACCACCACGCCCGGGGUCUCCUUCGCAAACACCAAGCCAGGAGCAAUCGGGCACAAGCACGCCUGUUCAAUCGAAAUCUGUCUCGAAUGCCUUGUUACACGGAUGGUCCAUGAAAAUCUUGGCUGUUAAUAAUAAAGAACACCUAUCAGGCCUACGUCGCGCCGGCGGAGGAAUAGGAAGUGCAUCGCAUGAUACCCGGCAGAAGAGGAUAGAUCAUUUCUUUGGAUGA